GAUCCGGAUAAUCUAAUAUGAUUUUGUCUCGUCUCUCUCUUCCAGCUGAAUCUUGUGGUGGUGUAGUCCAAGGACUGAAUGGCACCAUAGAGUCGCCGGGUUUCCCCCACGGCUAUCCCAACUACGCCAACUGUACAUGGCUGAUAAUAACAGGGGAGAGGAACCGAAUCCAGCUAACCUUCGUCACGCUGGCUCUGGAGGAAGACUUUGAUAUUGUAUCAGUUUACGAUGGACAACCAUCACCUGGCAACUUAAAACUGAGGUUGUCAGGAUUCAUGCUGCCCUCCGCUCUUGUCAGCAGUGGAUCUAUAUUGGCCUUGUGGUUUACCACAGACUUUGCUGUCAGUGCACAGGGCUUCAAAGCUGUAUACGAAGUCUUGCCCAGCCACACAUGUGGCACCCCCGGCCUCAUCCCAAAUGGGGUUAUUCAUGGCUCGCGGUACAACAUGGGGGCCAAGAUCCGAUACAGCUGUGAGUCAGGUUUUGUAUUGGAAGGACACAGUAUCCUCACGUGUAUUGUGUCAGCUGGCAGUGGAGCACAGUGGGACUUCCCGUCACCAUUUUGUAGAGCGGAGGGAGCAUGUGGCGGUACGUUGCGAGGCACUGCAGGUUCAAUAACCAGCCCUGGAUACCCUGCAGAGUAUGACAACAACCUGGACUGUACGUGGUCAAUCCUCUCCGAACCCGGGGACACUAUAGCUCUCGUCUUCAACGACUUCUUAUUAGAGGACAAGUACGACUUCCUGGAAAUCAGCGGGACAGACGCACCAAGCAUAUGGCUGACUGGUACAACCCUGCCCUCACCGGUGAUAUCAAGUAAGAACUGGCUCCGGAUACAUUUCACCUCAGAUAGCAACCAUCGAAGAAAAGGAUUCAGUGCUCAAUACCAAGUGAAAAAAGCAAUAGAGUUGAAGUCCAGAGGGGUGAAGAUGAUGCCCAGUAAAGACUCCAGUCACAAAAAUGCUGUCUCGAGUCAAAGCGGUCUUGCUGGUGAUGUAUGUCCAGAUCCUGGGGUUCCAGAAAAUGGCAAGAGGAUGGGCUCAACCUUCCAGAUUGGAUCCAGCGUCCAGUUCAGUUGUGAUGACAGCUAUGUACUACAAGGAUCUAAAAGUAUCACCUGUCAACGCGUCACUGACACACUGGCUGCUUGGAGUGACCACAGACCCAUCUGCAGAACUCGUACCUGUGGCAGCAAUCUAAGGGGGCCCAAAGGGGUCAUAACUUCUCCUAACUACCCAGUUCAAUAUGAGAACAACGCACACUGUGUGUGGGUCAUCACUGCAAUGGAGUCUGGGAAGGUGAUAAAGCUGUCAUUUGAAGAGUUUGACAUGGAAAGAGGAUAUGACACACUAACUGUGGGAGAUGGAGGGAAAAUAGGAGACACUCGGAGGGUACUCUAUGUACUUACCGGUUCCAGUGUCCCUGACCUCAUCGUGAGCUUGUCCAAUCAGAUGUGGCUACACCUGCAGUCAGACGAUACAAUCGGCUCAGCAGGGUUCAAGGCAGUCUAUGAAGAGAUCGAACGUGGAGGCUGUGGUGAUCCUGGGGUGCCGGCAUUUGGUCGUCGUAGUGGUGAUCGCUUUCAACAUGGUGACGUGUUGACCUUCUUUUGCCAGUCAGCUUUUGAACUAGUGGGAGAGAGAACCAUCACGUGCCAGCACAAUAACCAGUGGUCUGGCAACAAACCCAGUUGUAUCUUUUCAUGUUUCUUCAACUUCACGGCUCCAUCAGGGACUAUAUUGUCCCCGAACUACCCAGAGGAGUAUGGGAACAACCUGAACUGUGUGUGGUUGAUUAUCUCUGAACCGGGUAGCCGCAUUCAUCUCCUGUUUUCUGACUUUGACCUGGAGCCACAGUUCGACUGGUUGGUGAUCAAAGAUGAAGGCCUGUCUGAGCCAACAACAUUUGGGACGUUCUCAGGAAAAGAUGUUCCAUCACAGAUCGCCUCGAAUGGACACAUCAUGAGACUGGAAUUUCAAUCUGAUCAUUCUAAUACUGGAAAAGGCUUCAAUAUCAGCUACACCACAUUUGGGCAGAAUGAAUGUCAUGACCCAGGAGUUCCUGUCAAUGGUCAAAGGUAUGGUGAUCAAUUUCAGCUCGGCAGCUCUGUGGCUUUUCGCUGUGAUCAAGGAUUCAUUAGGACACAGGGGUCUGAUCAGGUCACUUGCAUCAUCCAGGAUGGAAAUGUUGUGUGGUCGGCGGCUGUACCUCGCUGUGAAGCUCCAUGUGGAGGCCACCUCACAGCUCCUACUGGUGUUCUGCUGUCUCCUGGUUGGCCCUCCUUUUAUAAAGACUCUCUGAACUGCCAGUGGGUGAUUGAAGCACAGCCAGACCAUGCUGUGAAGAUACACUUUGACAGGUUCCAGACUGAGGUCAACUAUGACACACUGGAAAUCAGGGAUGGCCCCUCAACCUCUUCUCCCCUCAUCGGUGAAUAUCACGGCACCCAAGCGCCUCAUUUCCUGAUUUCCACAUCCAACGUCCUGUUCCUGUUGUUCACGACAGACAACAGCCGUUCUGCGGUGGGCUUCAGCAUCAGAUAUGAAAGUGUGAAAAUGGAGUCAGACGCUUGUCUUGAUCCUGGUAUCCCAGUCAAUGGUCGUCGCCAAGGCAGCAACUUUUUCAUUGGCUCCCGUGUCUCAUUUACAUGUGAUCUAGGAUACUCACUGAGUGAUCAGGAGCCAAUUGUUUGCGAGCACAAUCAUCAGUGGAGUCACGCUCUUCCCAGUUGUGAUGCCCUUUGUGGAGGUUAUGUCUACGGUAAAAUAGGGAUGAUUCUGUCUCCUGGCUUUCCUGACUUUUACCCCAAUUCUCUUAACUGCACCUGGACUAUAGAGGUGUCUCAUGGCAAAGGAGUCCAUCUGGUUUUCCACACGUUCCAUCUGGAGGAGAACCAUGACUACCUUUCCAUCACUGAGGACAGCAACUUCCAGGUUCCAGUAGCUCGACUCACUGGCUCAGUGCUUCCCCCUAGCGUCAAAGCGGGGCUCUAUGGAAACUUCAGCGCUCAGCUACGUUUCAUAUCAGAUUUUUCGAUGAGUUAUGAAGGAUUUAAUAUUACUUUUUCUGAAUAUGACUUAGAGCCAUGUGAGGAUCCCGGCGUACCGGCGUACAGCAGGAGGAUGGGAUUCAGAUUUCAAGUUGGCGACUCGUUGGCCUUCACUUGUUUGGCUGGCUACCGACUUGAGGGGGAGAGCAAGAUAACUUGUCUGGGAGGAGGUAGAAGAGUCUGGAGCAACAUACUACCGAGAUGUAUAGCGGAGUGUGGAGCUUCCUCACUGGGACCAGAAGGCGUUCUGCUCUCUCCUAACUUCCCCUCCAACUACGAUAACAACCACGAGUGCAUCUACCGCAUCACCACCGAAAAGGGCAAAGGAAUCAGGCUGAAAGCUGAGAGCUUCUCGUUGCAAGACGGAGACUAUCUCAAGGUGAACGAUGGAGAAAACACUUCAUUCCGUCUCCUUGGCAACUUUACACAUGAUGGCAUGAUGGGUCCUGUCAUCAACAGUACGUCCAAUCGCCUGUGGCUUGAGUUCAACAGCAACGCCUCUGGAACCAAUCAGGGCUUUCGCCUCACAUACACAAGUUUUGACCUAGUACGCUGCGAAGAACCAGGUGUCCCUAGUUAUGGCUAUAAGAUCCAAGACGACGGCCACUAUGCCAACACCUUUGUCCUGUACUCCUGCAACCCUGGAUACAGUCUCUAUGGCGCCAGUACCCUGACCUGUCUCAGCGGGGACAGACGUGUCUGGGACAAACCUCUUCCUUCCUGUAUUGCGGAGUGUGGAGGUCACAUAGCUGGAGCAGUGUCUGGACGGAUUCUGUCUCCAGGAUAUCCUGCUCCGUACGAAAACAACCUCCACUGUACCUGGACUAUCGAGGCUGACACGGGCAAAACUAUCAGCCUCCACUUCAUCGUCUUUGACACUGAGGUCGGCCACGAUAUUCUGAGAGUUUGGGAUGGUCCAUCUGGGCCAUCAGACGGGGGGAUCCUGUUGAAAGAAUGGUCAGGCCCAGCCUUACCUGAAGAUAUCCACUCAACGUUCAACAUACUCACACUGCAGUUUGAUUCUGAUUAUUUCAUCAGCAAGCAAGGGUUUUCCAUACAGUUUUCCACCACUACAGCAACAACGUGCAAUGACCCGGGCAUCCCGGUAAAUGGUUCUCGAUAUGGGGACAGUAAGGAGCCUGGUGACAGUAUGACGUUCCAGUGUGAUCCAGGCUACAAGCUGCAAGGUCUGGACACCAUCACAUGUGUACGAAUGGAUAACAGAUUCUACUGGCAACCUGAACCUCCAACGUGUGUCGCGACAUGUGGGGGCAACAUCAGUGGUCCUUCAGGAGUAAUUCUGUCUCCUAACUACCCCCAGCCUUACCCCGCUGGGAAAGAGUGUGAUUGGAGAAUCAGAGUCAACCCCGACUUUGUCAUUGCUCUCAUCUUCAAAAGUUUCAACAUGGAGCCAAGUUACGACUUCCUGCACAUCUACGAGGGUGAAGACUCUAAUGGGCCGUUACUAGCAAGUCUCCAAGGCAACCAGGCCCCAGAGCGAAUAGAGAGCAGUAGUAACAGUCUCUUCCUGGCAUUCAGAUCUGACGCCUCACUGGGCAUGUCUGGGUUCGCCAUCGAAUAUAGAGAAAAACCAAGAGAAGCCUGUUUCGACCCUGGUAACAUUAUGAAUGCCAGUCGCACAGGCUAUGACUACAAACUGGGAUCUCAGGUCUCCUACAACUGUCACCAUGGCUACACAACAGUGGGCGGGGAUACCAUCACCUGUGUCAUGGGGAAUGAUGGGAAGCCGGUGUGGAACAGGGCUCAGCCAUCAUGUAAAGCUCCAUGCGGAGGACAGUACAGUGGAUCGGAAGGAGUUGUUUUGUCUCCAAACUAUCCUCUAAACUACACUACAAGACAAACCUGCUCCUACUACAUCACUGUGUCCACACAGUUUGUGGUAUUUGGUCAGUUUGCUGUUUUCCAGACAGCAAUGAAUGACUCUGUGGAGCUGUUUGAUGGAGCCAAUGAGAAAGCUCGAUUGCUCAGCUCCCUGGCUGGGUCACAUUCAGGAGAGACAUUGCCAUUGGCAACUUCCAAUCAGAUCAUGCUGCGGUUCAAUGCUAAGAGUGGCCAAUCAGCUAGAGGCUUUCACUUUGUCUACCAAGCUGUGCCUCGCACCAGUGAAAGUCAGUGCAGUUCAGUGCCAGAGCCGCGGUACGGCAGGCGGAUCGGUUCAGAGUUCUCAGCUGGCUCUGUGGUCCGGUUCGAGUGCAGUCCUGGGUAUCUACUGAAAGGAUCUAGUGCUAUUUGGUGCCAGGCCGUGCCAGGUGCCCUCGCACAGUGGAAUGCAACAACACCAGCCUGUAUAGUUCCCUGCAGUGGCAAUUUGACUGAACGACGCGGUACAAUAUUGUCUCCUAGCUAUCCUGAACCCUACCCAAACAGUCUCAACUGUCUGUGGAGGAUCCAUGUCAGUGAAGGGGCUGGGAUACAGAUUCAAGUGAUGACGUUUGCUACUGAGCACAACUGGGACUCUCUGGAGAUCUACGAUGGAGGAGACAUGACAGCUCCUAAAUUAGGGUCAUUUUCUGGAACAACUGCUCCUGCCCUCCUCAACUCAACAUCCAAUCAGCUCCUCCUGCACUUUCAGAGUGACAUCAGUGUGGUGGCAGCAGGUUUUCACCUAGAAUACAAGACUGUUGGUCUUACCACCUGUCAAGAGCCAAUGAUACCAGCCAAUGGUGUUAAAGCAGGUGACAGAUAUAUGGUCAAUGAGGUGGUGGCAUUCACCUGUGAACCGGGGUACACAUCACAGGGCCACUCUCACAUUUCCUGCAUGCCUGGGACUGUGCGUCGAUGGAAUUACCCACCUCCUCUUUGCAUAGCUCGUUGCGGCGGGGUGUUGUCUGAGAUGAGUAGUGUCAUCCUCAGUCCAGGUUUCCCUGGUAACUACCCCGGCAACCUGGACUGCACCUGGCAAAUCACCCUGCCAACUGGAUACGGAGCCCAUAUUCAGUUUCAAAACUUCUCUUCUGAAGACAACCAUGACUUCCUAGAGGUCAGGGCUGGACCACAGCACAGCUCUGCUCUUAUUGGACAGUUUACUGGCUCGCAGAUCCCACCACCUUUGCUGAGUACUACCCACCUCACAAUCAUCCACUUCUACAGUGACCACUCGGAGAACAGGCCCGGGUUCAAACUGACCUAUCAGGCCUAUCAACUUCAAAACUGCCAGGACCCCUUUCCUUUCCCUAACGGUGACAUCAUCAACAGUGACUACAGUGCUGGCCAAUCAGUAACUUUUCUCUGCUACCCUGGUUAUGUUUUGAUCGGACACCCAGUACUAACAUGCCUUCACGGGACCAACCGGAAGUGGAACCACCCAUUCCCACGCUGUGAGGCUCCUUGUGGCUAUAAUGUCACGGCUGAAAACGGGACAAUCUAUUCACCUCAGUAUCCCAAUGAAUACCCCAACUCCCAAGAUUGCAGCUGGCUCAUCACAGUUCCACACGGACAUGGAGUUUAUAUAAACUUUACCUUAUUGCAGACAGAGCCAGUCACUGAUUACAUCGCUGUCUGGGACGGCCCAGAUACGUCUAGUCCUCAGCUGGGAGUCUUCAGUGGCAACACGGCUUUAGAGUCGGCCUACAGUACCAGUCCGAAGGUCCUGAUCCGCUUUCACUCGGACUUUUCAACUGGAGGGUUCUUCAUUCUCAACUUUCAUGCCUACCGGCUGAAGAAAUGCCCAGCUCCCCCUGUAGUGGAGAAUGCAGAGGUGAUCUAUGAAGAUGAAGACUUCCAGAUAGGUGAUAUUGUGAAGUACCGCUGUUUGCCUGGAUACACAUUGGUCGGAAAGGCGGAGCUGAUGUGUAAACUCAAUUCCCAUUUGCUUUUUGAAGCCCCAACCCCCACAUGUCAAGCCCAGUGCCCAGCCAAUGAGGAGCGGUCUUUGUCAUCAGGAGUGAUACUAAGCCCCGGGUUCCCUACUAACUAUCCCAACAGCCAGACAUGCUCCUGGCUUCUACAUAUGGUUCCAGGUUACACCAUCAAUAUCUAUGUAGAGAUGUUCCACAGCGAGAAACAGUUUGAUGAACUGGAGAUUUUUGAUGGAUCCUCAGGACAGAGCCCGUUGCUUGUCGCUCUAAGUGGUAAUCACUCAUCUCAGCUGAACUUCACAUCUAAAACGAACCAGCUCUACCUACGAUGGUCCACUGACCAUGCAACCAACAAGAGAGGAUUCAAGAUACGAUACUCAGCUGCCUACUGUAGCAUUAAUGAUCCUCCUGUGAAUGGCGGCGUGGUCAACCGAACCAAACUCCGGCCAGGUAGCAGGCUUCAGUUCUAUUGUAAUCGUGGUUACCGGAUGAUAGGCUCAAGCAAUGCCACCUGCAGGCUCCGCCCCAAUGGGCUGUUCCAGUGGGACACGCCCCCACCUUUUUGUCAAGCCGUCUCAUGUGGAAUCCCUCAGUCGCCGGGCAACGGCAGCUUCCAGGCUAACCAGUACACCGUGGGUAGCCAAAUCACCUAUCACUGUAACCUUGGUUUCCAACUUGACCCUGAUGUUCAAAUGACAGCAGUGUGUUUGGAGGAAGGCAGCUGGAGUAAUGCCGCCAUAGCACCCAGAUGCCUACCGAUCCACUGCCCCAGCACAGAUGGCACCUUGUCAGACCACAUGACCUCCCGCCUGCUCUCUGGUAGUUUGGAAGAGUUUGGUUCUAUGGUGAUGCUGGAAUGCUCAACAGGUUACUAUCUGGGUGUGGGGCAUCGGAGUCUUCGCUGCCUUGCCAACGGGACCUGGGAGGGCUCAGAUGACCUAGCUACAUGCAAAAUCAUCUCCUGUGGUGAGCUUCCUUCUCCACCCUUUGGGACCAAACUGGGCACGUUGACCACAUUUGGAGCAACUGCAAUCUUUAUGUGCAACCAUGGCUACACGCUGGUGGGGUCACAUGUCAGAGAGUGCGGUGCCAACGGGCUGUGGAGUGGUGCAGAGACCAGGUGUCUAGCUGGUCACUGUGACUCUCCAGAUCCUAUAGUCAAUGGGCACAUUAGUGGAGAUGGCUCUAGUUACCGUGACACAGUGGUGUACCAGUGCAUGUUAGGAUAUCGCCUAAUUGGCACAUCAGUCAGGAUCUGUCAGCAAGACCAUCGCUGGUCUGGAACAACACCCGUUUGCGUCCCUAUCACCUGUGGGCACCCCGGCAACCCAGGCAAUGGACGGACCAAUGGCAGCGAGUUCAACCUAAACGAUGUUGUCAACUUCACCUGUAACAAAGGUUACAUCCUCAGUGGAAAUGCUCGUGCUCAGUGCCGACUCAACGGACAGUGGAGCAGCCCACUACCUGUCUGCAAAGUGGUAAACUGUUCUGACCCUGGCCAUGUGGAGAAUGGUGUGCGCCAGUCUGGCCUACGUUACCCAGAAGUCUUCAGCUACGGUGUAACUGUGGCAAUCCACUGUAAACGAGGCUUCUACCUACUGGGCUCUGCGCUCCUUACAUGCCAGCAUGAUGGACGGUGGGACCGACCAGUCCCUCGCUGCCUAGCCAUUUCCUGUGGUGACCCGGGUGUGGCCCCUAAUGCAGUAGUGACUGGAACCCACAGUUGGACAUACAGUUCAGUGCUGCAGUACUCCUGUCUGCCUGGAGGGCUGCUGGUGGGUAAUACUAGUUGCCACUGUCAGGAGGACGGCACAUGGAGUGGAACGCCACCAUACUGCACUGGGGUAAGUCCAGGAAUCUGUGGAGACCCAGGGAUGCCUCCCCACGGUGCCCGUCUGGGAGGAGAAGAAUUUAAAACCAAGAGCCUGCUGCGUUUCAGCUGCGAGGCGGGAUUCAGUCUGAUUGGCUCAGCCGAGAGGACCUGCCUUCACAACGGCACCUGGAGCGGCACACAGCCUGUCUGUCAAGCUGUAUCCUGUGGUAACCCUGGCACCCCAGCACACGGCAGAAUUGUCUUCAGUGAUGGCAUCACCUUUGGAAGCUCGGUGGCUUAUGCAUGCUGGGACGGCUUUAAAACAUCAGGCCUGACCACCAGACACUGCACAACAAAUGGGACGUGGACAGGACAACCCCCAGACUGCACUGUGAUCACUUGCGGAGAUCCUGGCCAAGUAGCCAAUGGGAUCUUUCUAGGGAGGGAGUUUGCCUUCAACAACACGGUGACCUACCGCUGUAACCCUGGUCACCUGAUGGAGCCACCUGGACGCAGCGUUCUGCUCUGCACUAAAGAUGGAACCUGGAACCAAACCAAGCCCAGCUGUAAAGUUAUCCAGUGUGGACCUCCUCCUCAAGUAUACCAUGGGAAAGUGGAAGGAACCGACCAUUCAUGGGGCUCCAGUGUUAGCUACAGUUGUUUUCAUGGUUACCAGUUGUCCACUCCGGCUGUGUUAUCCUGUGAGGGGAAUGGGACGUGGACAGGGGACGUACCGCAGUGUUUGCCUGUCCUGUGUGGGGAUUCUGGCUCUCCAGGUGGUGGAUUCAGAGAGGGGAACAUCUUUUCUUACAGGUCAGAGGUCAGGUUCUACUGCCAUACCCCCUACUUGCUGGUAGGCUCUGCCUCCAGAGUCUGUCAAGCCGAUGGCAUGUGGAGUGGCCAUCAACCAGCCUGUAUAGACCCAGCCUUCAACAACUGCCGUGACCCAGGAACUCCAGCCUAUGGUAUACCGGUCAUGGGCCAGGGCUUUCAGGUUAGCAGUAAGAUUUCCUUCAAGUGCCGCAAGAACUAUCACAUCCUUGGCUCCACCACAAGAACGUGCCUAGAAAACCUAACCUGGAGUGGGACACAACCAGAAUGCAUAGCCCAUUCAUGCAGACAGCCAGAGACCCCCAGUAAUGUUGAUGUUCGAUCUAUGGACCUGCCAACCCUGGGAUAUACGCUGAUCUACACCUGUCAAGACGGUUUCUAUCUGGCCGGGGGAUCAGAGCACAGAACCUGCAAAAGUGAUGGGAGAUGGUCGGGCAAACCCCCGCUCUGUAAAGUUGGAGUGAAAGUCAAUCCCAAAGGCAGAGGAGAGUCAGAUGUCCAGAAGAACAAGAUUCGAGUUCCAGUGGAUGUGUUCGCUCCACACUCAGAGUGGAGCGGUUUUUACGAGUAUCUCGGGAAAAGACAGGCCACCACAUUUACAGUUACUGGGUUCAACGCUACCAGUGGCAGAGUCAACGUCACAUUACUGGAAACCAGCGGAGUGUCAAUCAGACUAUCAGGUACCUACAAGUCAGAGGAGAACCAGCUGCUGUUGAAGGUCUACCAGGUGAAGGGGCCGACAGAGCAUUACUACAGCAAGUUCAAAAAUGACAACUGGGCUAUGGAUGGAUAUGUUACUGCAGAAUCAGAUCAGAAGACUUUUGUCUACCAGGGGCAUAUUCACAGUAAAGACUUUGGCAAGUUUCAUCUGACAAGGCAAGGCCCUGUAACAAUGGCGAUGGACCCAUCCAACCCCUACACAAACAGCAGCUCUGUGGCCGCAGCGAUCCUGGUUCCUUUCUUUGCCCUCAUCCUGUCUGGAUUUGCUUUCUACCUCUACAAGCACAGGACAUUGUCUGCUGACACAGAUGACAAUGAGAGACCAAAAGACACCUGGGGGCCUGGCGGCAGGACGCGACCCAAGGUCCAGUUCAACGGCUAUGUCGGCCAUGAGAGCUCCAAUGGUCAGGCAUCAUUUGAAAACCCAAUGUAUGACACCAACAUGAAGCCCACUGAGGCAAAGGCAGUUCGAUUUGAUACCACACUCAAUACAGUCUGCACUGUGGUAUAGUCCAACAAACCUGCCACUACCUAUACAGUGGUUUAGUCCAACCUCCCUGUUGGUCUGCGGGGGUUUGACAGAAAAGAAAAGAAAGAGCAAACUAAUGAUUUGGACUCGUCACUGUGAGCGGUCUGUGUUGUAGCACGCUGGUCCUCUGUCAGCACAAUCUGCACAGUAAUGCCGCUCUGCUCCACCUGCUACCUGAACAACGAUACCAUCCACUUGUCCCUAGAGUCUGUUCCAGCAAAAUAAAUUGGAACCAAUACAAAAGGGAGUAGACAACGACGACAUCAAAAGUGAUGUUCGGGAGAUUAAUGCUGGGACCACAAGUCUUCUUAAGCACUGUUGCUUUUCAGGCAUCAAGGAAAAACACAGAAAGAUUAAUUAAUUGAACUUUUUCCAAGUGCGACCACCCCUUUGACCCAGUUCUCAUCCAGCAUCAGUUGACUUCUGCAAAAUUUGACCCCACCUGCUCGUGAAAAGGGCUUUAUAUGGCCAGUCAUAUGGUUCCUAAAUGCCCUUCCUGCAACCUGAAUAAUUGUUUACCCAACCUAACGCCAUACCCCAUGCCAAAUUUGCACAGUGGUACACACUAACUCUUAACUUACCUCCCCUUAACUUAACUCCCCUGCUGCAGGCCAGACAUGUGUGACCGGUGCAAGGUUCUACCCUCAGGGGAAGCACACUAUUCCACCCUUCAAAUCCCCUCCAGACAUCGAAAAGUAGUUGGAUUGUUCCUAUACGUCAACACAAAAACCAUCAUUGGUGCUGGACCAAAAAACUCUCGCUGGAUUUCCAUCACGCUGGACUUGACAGGACUGGACUCUCUGACCUAAUUACAGCUUACAGAGUCUGUUUUGGUGGAAUCUGAUAUCGUUCGUACAGACUGCUGUAAAGUUGACCAACGAAAUGCAGUCAAUGCAGUGAUAAGCUCAACCAGACCAAUUCCUUUUAAUAAAAUGAUACUCUCAUCCAGUACUGGAUACUAGUAUUACAUUAGUACUUUGCGUACUAGAGUUAAAUAGCAGCUGCAGAUAUGUUUAAAUUUUGUUUUAGCCUACUUGGAGAACUGAAUGGGUUAGGUUUAGUAAAGCCGUACAAUAACAGAGUUAGGUAAGUUGAGUUGUCAGUCAACAAUGAAUUUUCAAAUAGGUUCCUGUGAUUUUCUUUACCUUCUGCCACUUACUGUAUUGCCUAUUAUGACAAUGUCUACCUACAGUAUUUGACAACUUGUGUAGGCUAAAACAUACCAAAUCAGGCAUUUGUAACUGCUAUUUUUCCCAGAAGAACCUGUGUAUGAAGGUAUUACAUACUUAAAAUCAAUCCUAUGUACAAUAUUUCAUACUAGCACUAGGCAGACUGUGCUAAACCAGAAAACCAGACAUUUUCAUUGCCGGGUUGGUGUACACAAUGGACCGGUUUCCAGAGGCCUGUCUAACACAAUCAAAGUGUCAGACAACUGAUUGUUGUUCUUGGACUAGCCAGGAUCCUGUGCUUGGUGGCUGAACAAGUGGAAGCCUGGAGGCAAUAAGCUGUCAAGAUCAUCAACCGCUACAAUCUGCUGUGGCCAAAUCCAGGAAAUGAUUUGUUUUCUCAUAACUCCGUUGGGAUUAUCAGUCAAGUGAUGACGGAUUUUUUUUUCCUACAGCAUACUCUCCAGCCACAAAUCAUAAAUAGAAGAACGUAUUAACAGACGGACGGGUUGACUGACAGAAAUUAGACGGACGAACACAGACAAAUGGACGGAUAGACGACUCUGUCAGUCCUGCUGAAAAAGAGAGAAAAUGACAGGUUGCUAUGGAAACUGAGACAAAUAGUUGUCUCUAUUGUCUCUUCUGGCAUUUUUCUUCAGUGAAGAUAUUGAUGAACAGACUCUAUGUUCAAAUACCCAGUGGCCCCAUGGUACUUCCCAAACCACUGCUGCUGGGGGACCCCAAAAUAUAAACUUUAUAUGAACUCUUAAACCGCACAAAUUUUGCACUAGUGUGUUUUUCUGACUGGGUUAUGAAAAAAAAAAGAAAAAGAAUAAUUUUUGGGUCUGAAAUGGGUUUGAAAACGAGUCAUUCAAAAAAGAGAAUUUUAUUCAGAAACUUCUAUCUUUAAAAAGAUGACAAAAAUGACAAAAUACAGGGUUACAGUGUGUUUGUAUAUACACAUCUAUAUUUCACCUUCCCUGUUAGAAGGUGUGACCACAUGCUAUAAAUCGUUGUUAAUUUUGUUGCCACGACAACAUGCUAGCCAACCAGAACGUUGGGAUCAGUGUACCCGCAGACCUCCGAGCUUCUAGUGUCACAUAAUGACACCACUUUCUUUCUUUUGCCAUUUUUAGAACAAUACAGAUUUUUUUCCUGAAAGCUCAUUCUGAAUACUGUUACUGCUGCGAUAUGUCGACGACAUAAAGGCUCACAUCCAUGAUAUGCAGUAUGGUCCUACUGAAACACUGGUGCCACAUUGCUAGUUUUAUUUACAGGCAUUAAAUGCCAUUCGUUUCUGAGAUACUGUACAGAACCCUUGAGGUAUACUUGUUAGUACGCAGAGAUUUAAUAGUAUCUCAAUAUGGGCUAUUUUGUUUCAGUUUCACAGACAGUGUAAGCUUUCAGAAACAAAAUGUUUCUUUAACUCUCUUUAAAAAGAUGUGUUGCAAGUGUCCCCGACUACUCACACUAUCAUACAUUCGAACACAUUUUACAGAUCUGAUGCACAUGAUCUUAUUUCAACACAACUUUUUGAAGAGCCCACAGCUUAUUUCUGUUUGAGAAUUGGUCAUGUUGAAGGACUAACAGAAACGGUACGAAGACGACAUGCACAAUUAUUGUUGUCGAGAGUUAUCGCCCCCCGGAACUCCGCCAUUGUUUGAGAAAUACCUCGUGUGCAGAGAGUAAGUUACAUCCUGCUUAUCAAUGCUUGAAUCCCACUGCAACAAAUACACAAGCUUAGCGAGUGCAUCCUUGCAUUCAGCUUAUUUCCUGGUAUUUUAAGUCAAAAAGUCGUACCAACGCCCAUGAUUCUGUAGGAGUCAAGAAAAUCCACUAGCUUCUAAUCACUUGCCAAGCUUGUUAUUUUUCGCAGUGUUCUCUCAAAAUAAUUUUAUUUUUUCGAAAGAUGCUGCACUUGGUUUAGAUCACAGAUGUAACUGCUUUCAGUGCGUGUCUUUCAGUGUCCUCAGGCCUGUUUUUUGUUUGUUUCACUCUCCAUGCACACUAUUCUGCCGUUACACUUCAGGCGUUUCCUUUAACUUGCAUGAUUUUUACUGUCCAAAAUAAUUUUCGUUUAUGUUCUCCAUCUCAUUCAGCCUCAAACCAUUAUACUAUCAUACAAUCACAAAUCCAUUCAUUCACACAUAUGAUAUCAACAACCCUGUCUCCUAUAAAAUUAUAUUCCCAUACAACUGCACUUCCAACUUGAAUGAUUGAAAGCCCUGUGUGUGUGUUUUUUAACCAUCCACUAUCCGGGCCUCAUACCCACAUAGAUUUUCACCCACUCAUUUGAAACUUAUUUGUGAUACAUCAAAAGCAGAUGUAAUCCUCGACAAAAUACACUUCCCUCGAAAUGUAAUUCCCAAAGCAGCUUUGUUGUAUGGGAAUGUAAUGUGUAGGCGACAGGGCUGGAAUGGUGAGUGGAAUGUAUGUGGUGUCAGAUAAGGAAAACUUCUGACAACUGAUAGAAUUAUGAUUUUUGACCAUGAAUCAAUUCACUAACAUCAGAGGGGAUUUUCCCCAAAACUGAAAUACUCAAAAGAAAAACAUUUGGCAUGAGAAGAUUAUCACAUCCACCUAUUUAGAAAUAAGUGAGAAUGAAUUAAGGCAUAAAUUGCAGUUUCUAUUUUCAUCUUUAGCUCAUUUAAUUAAAAAUGAAUCUACGGCUGACCUGGAUGUUGCAAAUGAAAUGUCCUGAAACAAUGGUGAUUAUGUUUGGGAGCAUGACUAUGGGAUAUUGUUGGUAUUAUAAUAUUCAUUGUUAGCUUGUCAUUCACAGCCUCAGUGUCAGGGUCAUGGGCAGAAAGCCAGAAACACGUACAACAAUGUGAGGCACAGAAACUAAAGAUAUGUAGAUGUGUGUACUAGCUAUAAUACUGGUAAUAGUUAAUAAAGAGGGUGACAAGACAGAAGACACACAUUCAAAAUCGCCUCACAGAAAUAAACAAGACAUCUGUAAACAACAGUAGAGCGUCUGCUCACAAGAUAGUGGGCCUCCUCUCUUUUUAUUGCUGGCGUGCACCCGAGCUUCUACUUUAAUUGAUUGGAUUAAUUCAGAUGAGAUUUCCUAUAGAGUCAAGAAGGAAAUACAAUACAGUGACUUCAUCUGUUUAUGGAUCAGUAUCCUUCUUAGCAUGACACAUACAGUACCUCCUCUGAGAUGCCUUCAAAAUUUGGAUAUCAAUCUUGACUUUCUUCACAAUUUGUGAAGCGUUUUCCACAUUUGUCCUUCAUUUGUCAGCAGUCCUCAACGUUUAAUAGAGCGACAGCUGGCUACAAGUAAUAAAAAAAAUACCCACUUAAUUGUUUUAAAGGACAAGGUUGUCUCAGAUUAUUCAGCUGAGACUUUUCCCAGUUUUUGUGAAUAACGUCCCAUACUUUCUCUAAAGUGGUAUUGUCAGCAGUCCUCAUUGAAACAUAGGGGCCGAGGUGUCUGCAAGCUUAAAAUAAUACCAGCUAAAAUUGUAAAUGUUGCACAUUGCCUUUUCACAGUGUCACAUGAGAUGAGCUUUUUUAUUUAAAAUACAGAAUAGAUUUAAUGCAGAUGUAUGUAAAUUCCACCAAGCUGAACUUUUCCUUUAAGAUUAGUGUCGGGGAAAUCCAGUCGCAGCCCUGCUUGGAGAGCAACUGUGUCAUACAUGUGUUCAUAUGUGGCUUAUCAGCUAUAUGGACCUGAUUUUUA